AAUUGACCAAUCAAAAUUGGAAGUACGGACGUAUAGGGAGUGGCGCAGAUUUGGAAAUCUCAAGAUUCUGGACACCCCGUAGCUGCCCUGGCUCAACAUGCAACUUUUAAGUCUGCAGCUGCAGGCCACCGAGGACAUAGCUCUUCUGGGCAUGAUUGGAUGCCUUUCGGGAAGCGUCAAAAAGAGAGUUUGAAGAGACCUUGGCGGGAUGGAGACCAGCAAAUUCCUCUUGAGGAGGAGUGAGGAGCCUCCAUAGAUUAUACAUAUAGUCCAAAAUCAUGUACUGAGCAUAUUCCCUCCCCCCGUCAUGAAGAUGGGUGUAUGAAGCAUGUAAGAUUCUCCACACAAGGCCGUAAAGUUUCAUUGAAUCCUCAGCAAGGAAGCAGUUGAAGCAGUUUGGGCAGCUAUCUUCAGUUUGGAAGCUCAUGGAAUCAGUUGUCCUGGAGGCAAGAUAAGGCCAAAACAGCCUCAGAUGAUAUUUCCCCUGCGCAGCGUGCGCUGUUGUUUUGUGGGGUUGGGGAAAUGAAAGGAUGUCGCUUGAUCACUUGCGUGCGCUUGACUCGACAGCGUACAUGCACGCCAAGAGGCCAGCGGGCUUGGUUGGUUCAGGAUGAACUUGGGUCAUGUGGAUGUGCAUUUGAGUCAGGAGACCUUCAAUCAAUGGCUUUGGGUCUGUCCUUGUUGCCACAAAUCCAAGGAUUCUACAGGUUAUUGUUUUUGGGCUUUGCGGAAAGGGGACACGCCAUGCCUCUGCCGUCAGACUCCGAGGCCCCGAAACCUUGGCCUUGGCCGCGCGAGACGGCGAAGGCCUUCGUGGAGCUGAUGCAGCGCGUCGCGAGACGAUGCGAGGAGCGGUGCGCGCGCAGCGCAGCCCUUGCCAGGCAUGGAGGAUAGACAAACUCCCUUGCACCGCCCUGAUGCAUCACUUCCCUCUUUGCCGAAGAACGGUGAGUAGCCAGCAGCGUGCAGGGGUGGCCCAUGCCGAAGCCGGUCGACCUCCUGGUCAUGCCACACUGCAGUGCUUACACCACUUGCCGGACUUGAGGACUUCGAUCCAUGCCUAUCAGCCCCCAGCGGCUGAGGGCCGAGAUAUCGACGCAGUGCUCACGGCUCAACUUCGAAGCGUGAACACACAACUCACCAGCACGACCGACUCCAUCGUGCCGAUGCAAUUCGUCAUGGCGCUGCGCCAGCGCUUUCCCAGGUUUGCAGAGAUGCAAAAUGGCGCCUAUAUGCAGCAGGACGCGGACGAGUGUCUGCGUGGUUUGCUCACCUCAUUGGCCACCACCCUGCCAGGCAGCAGCGAAAGCUCUAACAGGGUGGACGAACUUUUUGGCUAUCGACUGAAAUCCUCGCUGAAGUGCUUGGAAUGCGAUGAAGAGCCUCCACAGGAGAGUGAAGAGUUGACACGGGUUUUGAUGUGCCACCUGGGUACUCAGACGGAGCCGGUGUCCCACAUCACUCAAGGGGUUCAACUUUCCUUGAAGGAACACAUUGAAAAGAACUCCCCGGUCUUGGGCCGCAAUGCGCAGUAUGAGAAGACCUCGACGCUGGAAAGCCUGCCGCCCUACCUCAUUGUGCAGUUCGCACGCUUCGGGUACAAGGGCGCCAACGAGUGGGCCGGCACCAGCGCGGCGAAGGUGAAGCUCACGCGAAAAUGUGCCUUCACGCACACCUUCGACAUCUUGGAGUGCGCCUCCGACGAUCUCAAGAAGAAGCUCUCGGUGGGGCGUUUGCGGAAGAAGGAGGUGGAAGAUGCUGAACUGGAACGGUUGAAGAAAGCCUUGGACAAGAGUGCCAAGGAUGAAGAUGUCGAGAUGAAGCCCGUGGAGGAUGCAGCAGCAGCGGCUGCGGUGGGCGUGGAGGAGCUGGACACUGGCUAUUACCAGUUGGUGGGGAUCAUCUCGCACAAGGGCCGCACCGCCGAUGGAGGCCACUAUGUUGGAUGGACCUUGCACAAGAAGGCCGAUGGCAAGGACCUCAAGGAUGAUCAGUGGGUGCUCUUUGAUGAUGAUGAAGUCAGCUUUGUGAGCUGGAAAGAUAUGACAGGGAUGAGCACAGACUUGUGCGGUGGCAAGGCUGACACACAGAUCGCUUACAUCAACAUCUACAAGAAGGUCACCGUUGCUGCCGACCCCGGGCAGUCUUUGGGUGCAGCCUCUUCAACUGAAAAGGAAGAAGAUGUGAAGAUGGAAGCUGGAUAUUCCUGA